AAAGGCCUUCUGGGAAACAACAUGUCCACUAAGAGUCCCUUCAUCUACUCUCCCAUCAUCAUGCACAACAGAGGAGAGGAGCGCAACAAGAAGAUAGGUAGGCACCACACACACACACACACACACACACACACACCUUCUGAAUAUAGGUGGGCACCACACACACACCUUCUGAAGAUAGGUGGGCACCACACACACACCUUCUGAAGAUAGGUGGGCACCACACACACACCUUCUGAAGAUAGGUAGGCACCACACACACACACACACACGCACACACACCUUCUGAAGAUAGGUAGGCACCACACACACACACACACGCACACACACCUUCUGAAGAUAGGUGGGCACCACACACACACCUUCUGAAGAUAGGUAGGCACCACACACACACCUUCUGAAGAUAGGUAGGCACGACACACACACACCUUCUGAAGAUAGGUGGGCACCACACGCUCGCACACACACCUUCUGAAGUUGCCGUGUCAAAGUAAAGCAGUUUUAGGCUUACUAAUAUUUUCAUUGUAAAACGUCUCUAAAUAACGUAAUGGUGUAAAUUCAUCCUCUAUACACGCUUGACUAAUUCCAUAAUUAAACCAGGAGCUUUCUCUGUUCUCUCUCUGCUCUCUUUGUUCCUAAACAUUCACUUCUUUAAAAAGAUUCUGGAUCUUAAAAACGUAUCUAGUUUUGGCAGACAUUCUCAUGAUUGUGACAGAUGGCUUUUCAGGAUGAGGUCUGUAAGUCGCUCUGGAUAAGAGCGUCUGCUAAAUGACUAAAAAUGUAAAUGUAAAUACUCUGGCUUCUCACAGAAUCCAAGGAAUGUGAACUCUCUCUCUGAUAAUACAGUGCCAAAUCGGAUCAGAUGGACUCAACACAAUGGCUGUUAGAAUCGUUAUUUAAUUUUUCAAUGUGACUGAAAUCCAUUCCAUCUUUCUCCAUUCACUGUUCGUUCAUUGUAGACUCUCUUUGAUUAUAGCUGUGUCCUGUCUUAGUGUGAUGUCAUCUGUGCUCAGAUACUGUACUGGAGUGUGAGGCCUCAUCUUUUAGGUUAAAUCAUUUUUCAGUCCUUCCUAAUUACUUUCCUUUCCUUACAGCUUGUUCUUUCGUCAUGUAGGCUAUAUUGAACAGUGAAUCAUUACUGUUUGUCACAAUGACAUCACACACACACACACACACACACACACACACAGGCAUCUGUGUGUAUAAACAUCAGGGACACUUGAGUUGUAGGAUAACGUCGUCUCCUCCCACGCCUGAUUUAUCAGUAUAAUAUCUCCGCUCCCAGACUAACAAGAUUGACAGUCACGUCUUCACCGGAGAACAAACAAACAAGUCGAGAGGGAAAAAUAACAACAAAUACAUUUAAAUAUCUAUUCAAAAGAUAAAGUGCUUUCAGUGUUAUCUAUAAUUCAUUGGUUUAAUUUCAUUGUGGCUUCUCUGCGCAGGGAACGAGAGGAGCUGAGAGGCGGAUUGCGAAAUAUAGCUAACAUCGACUCAUCAGCAGGACGAACUUCGGAUACAGUAGAGGACAGCUAGAGAAGUAUAGCGAUCUGCUUCUAUAGAUCUCUCAAGGGGAUCAUCUCGUCUCUCUCUCUCUCUCUCUGCGUGCGUUUCAUUGUGCCCACUCUCCUGUCAGACCACCCUUGUAAACGACUUCUAUUAUCUUAACAGGCCCCCAAUUUUGAAUGAAUAUGCUUCUGUAAUAAAUUCCCAAACUGAAAGAGGGAUUCGUCACUCAGGGCCAAAGGAACGCAACACAUCCCAAGGCUACGAUAUGAGUCACUCCUCCUACUCUGACAGGAAAUCUUUGGUGGAUGAGAAACGACAGCUUUUUGCAUCCUGUCACCGAUACGUCCGUUUCAGUGUUUUGUGAUCUCAAACAUGUUACCAUGAAACACAUGCAACAUUUGGCUGAAUAUUGGAGCAGCAAUGUCAUGAAAAGCUCUGUAGAGAUGUCUAUGUGAUGUAGUGUGAAGCGUGGUGUUUGGUUAGUUGUGUAGGCGUUGGUUUGAGACAGAAAAGUCUUUCAUUUUGCGAGGGCCAGAAACAAGUUGUUGUCAAAAUGUCAUUCUUAAGCUCAUUAAAUCCAGUAGAGCUUGAGGGAUUGGUUCAGAAAUAUCCUCUGUACGGUGUCGUCGUGUCGGGCAUGUACCUUUCUCUCUCUGUCUCUUUCUCUUUCUCGUUCUCCCCGCUUUCUCUCUCUCCUCUCUGUCUCUGUCUCUCUCUGUCUCUGUCUCUGUGUCUCUGUCUCUCUCUCUCUCUCUCUCUCUCUCUCUGUCUCUGUCUCUGUCUGUCUCUCUCUGUCUCUGUCUCUCUCUGUGUCUCUCUCUCUCUGUCUCUGUCUGUCUGUCUCUCUCUGUCUGUCCUGUCUGUCUCUCUCUCUCUCUCUCUCUCCCUCUCUCUCUCCUCUCUCUCUCUCUCUCUCUCCUCUCUCUCUCUCUCUCUUCUCUCUCUCUCUCUUUUCUCUCCUCUGUCUCUUUUCUCUGUCUUUGUCUCUCUGUCUGUCUGCUCUCUUCUUGUAUCUCUCUGUCUUCUCUUGUCUGUCUCUCUCUCUCUGUUCUUCUCUUUUCUCUGUCUCUUUCUUCUUUUCUCUGUCUCUCGUCUUUCUCUCUCUCUGCUCUAUGUCUCUCUCUCUCUCUCUUUCUCUCUGGUCUCUAUCUCUCUCUUCUCUCUCUCUUUCUCUCUUCUUCCUCUCUAUCUUCUUCUCUCUCUCUCUCUCUCUCUUCUCUCUUGUCUCUGUCUCUCUCUCGCUCUCUCUCUCGCUUUCUCUCUCUCUCUCUCUUUCUUUCGCUCUCUGUCUCUCUCUGUCUCUCUCGCUCUCUGUCUCUCUCUGUCUCUCUCUCUGUGUCUCUCUGUCUCUCUCUCUCUGUCUGUCUCUGUCUCUCUCUCUGUCUCUCUCUGUCUCUCUCUCUCUCUGUCUCUCUCUGUCUCUCUCUGUCUCUCUGUCUGUCUGUCUGUCUGUCUGUCUGUCUGUCUGUCUGUCUGUCUGUCUGUCUGUCUGUCUGUCUGUCUGUCUGUCUGUCUGUCUGUCUGUCUGUCUCUCUCUCUCUCUCUGUCUAUCUCUGUCUAUCUCUGUCUCUCUCUCUCUCUCUCUCUGUCUCUCUCUGUGAGUCUGAAGGUAUGUUCCUCCACUCUGGGAUUGGUAUUAUUUCUGUGGCUACAGCUUCUAAUAAGGAACAUGGGCCCUGCCCUCCCUCCCUCCCUCCCUCCGUGAUUAUUAUUAUAGUAUAGUCUGCUGACACAACAUGGGUUUUGUUUCCUUUCUAACAAAUCCAAUUACUAUUUUAGUUUUCAACGACGCUAACAUUCGUUUUAUGCAGCUGUCUCGGUUAUCUAAAAAUCAAAGCUUUCAGUGCCUAAGAGGUUUCCUCAGCCUUGGUCUCUCAUCAGUCUCCUUGCACCUCAUGACUUUCUUUUAACUGCCAUUAAUCUCAGAGCCCAGAACCAAAUCAAGUGGAGCCGGCAGACGGACAUUAACAUUUACGUUAAACAGUCUGUCACCAGAGAUUAAGCUGAUGUAAAUAUGUUAUAACUACCAGAGGCAAGGACAUUUUUAGGGGAAAACCCCACAGUGUUUUUGUACCCUUUUAACUAAAACGUUUUUAUUUAACAUGCCCUGUCUACAGGGAAAUUACAUUGGAGCAAAACAACACAUGCAUAUAAUGUUAAAAGGAGGUUUAGAAAACGUGAAAAGGCGUCCUGGGGGGCAGAGUGAACACAGGUCACGCAGCCACUCCAUAUCAUUUAUACAGCUCAGAGUCCCUAAAACAGGGCUAAUGUACUAUCAAUUAACUAGUUAGAAAGCGAGUCAGAAAUCGACUUUUGGAAUGAGCUAGUUGGUAUUUCUGUAACAUUGAUUGUUUUGCACAUAAUUGCUCUGAGACUCUGUUUUAACCCCCUAAAAAUCCCCCUAAAAAUCUGUCAGUUUAAGCUAGAGAUAAUCUGUUUUUUUGCAUUGGAUGCGUCUCAAUCCACAACAUCCGCCUAUGUAACACUUCUGCGGUGAAAGGUGACAGAGCUAGAGCAGUGUUUGUCAGACCAUGAGACAUCACAAAAUCUUCCUUUCAAAUUAGAAAAGAUGGAAUGCAGCAAUAUAAUGUUAUGAAACAAGAUGUGCACUGCUUAUUUGAAUGGGAUAAUACAGUAAUAGCGGAAGUUGAUUUGUUGAAAUUGUUCUCGUAUAUGUUGUUAUUGUCAAUGGUUAUUUUAGCAUGUGUAGAUUUGUUACAUUGCUCUCAUGUAUUAGUCUAGGCACUCCAAUUGUCCCACUAUCUAAAUUGAUUCAGGAAUUUCUGAAUAGCAAAAAUGCUUGGCAGAAAAUACCAGGUGUGAUUUGCGAAGCAACGGUUUACUGGGCUGUCGACAGUCUUAAGUGGCCCCUGGGCAAAUGGCCCACAAAGAGAAAGAGAGCGAGGGCGAGAGAGAAAGAGAGAGGGAGAGAGACAGGGAGAGGGAGACAGAGACCAAGAGGGCGAGACCCAGAGAAGCUAGAGAGGAGCUGGGUAGUACCAACUGGCUGUUGGUAGUUGGAACAUUUAGGAAGCCGUUUGAAUAUUAAGGGGGCUUCAACUUCAAAACUGUUCAUUUGUGUGUGUGGGUAUCUGGGGGGGAGGGGAGGAUGGGAGGAGGGAUGUAAACUAAAUGAGUAGCAGAGAGAGGGAGCGAUAACUGAAUGGGUAAUAUACCUCCUCUGUCUCAUUAGGUGCGCAAUGAGCCUCAAUCAUGAUCUGUUUCAACACUUGAAACAGACCACACCCUACUCUGCCAGAGCUGGUUCUCACAGCACAGCAGCAGUAUAGUGAACUCAGAAACGGUCUCAAAACAACUCCUCAUUAAUGUACUGCUUAUGAAUGUGUUAUGUAUAGGUUAUGAAUGGAUUAUGAAGUCCUGAAGUAAGUACCCUUCAAAUAAAAUGUUACCUUAAUUACUUGUAGUUUCAUGAAACUCACAAAUCUCAAAGCUUUAGACGUUGAUUCCUCUGUUAGUUUACGCAACAGAGAGACCUAUUUUAUGUGAUGGUGUGGUUGUGCUCCUCACAUUAGAGCACUAAAGCCUUCUCUCUGCUCCGGGAUACUAUGUGAUGAGGCAAUGACACCAGCAGGCCUCAUUUAACUGGACCGGAGUUCCACUACUGGAAAAUGGGACGUUUCUAGACCUAGGUUCAAAUACUUCCGCUGGACUUGAUUAAGCUUGCUUGCGUCAAUGAGCCAAUAGAACAGUUGCAAAAGUGCAAAUCCUGCCAAUCUGGCACGCCAGGCAGGCUAAAGCAAACGCUCAAAGUAUUAAAACAAAUAUUCCAAAUAGUAUUUGAACCCAGGUUUGCCUACGACUACUGAAAAAUGUUUGAUUUCCAAACGAUGCCAACAGGCUUACUCUACUGGUAAUCUAGAGACUACUACUCAAGGUUUGUCGAAGCAGUGUUUGAUGUAAUUUCACCAGGAAACAGAGAGUAAUGAUGAGUCAUUCUACAUCAGCGUUGAUAGUGGAUCCUCUGGCUGUGUGUCUGUAUGGUGAUACUGUCUGUUUGAUUCAUGGAUUGGCUGCUCGGGCGUCCAUAACAGGCUGCUGGUAGUCAGAUACAUGACAUCCAUAGCAGGCAAUGAUAGAUACAACAUUACAUCCAUAGCAGGCCAGGGUGCCAGAUUCACUCACUGUGAUCCAUCACUGUAUGAACGUGGGGAUAAGCAGGUGAAUCGACUGUGAAAAUGUGUUUUGUGUGUGAGGGUGGUUAGGCUCUGUGUCAGAAUGCAGGCAACUGUUAGUGUUUGUUUGCCCCCUGCUAACGCGCUGACCCACUGUGUGUGUGUGUGUGUGUGUGUGUCCCUGCAGGGUAAAUGUUUCAGGGAUUGUAACUGCAGGGAUUCACACACAGAGGGAAUAACUGCAAGGUGAAAAGCGAGGUAGAAAAACUACUAGCGAAUUUAUUUACAAAGCGAUGAUGAAUCAGUGUGCAAACUGUUAGUAGAGGUUAGAUCCAUAUAUCUACACACACACACGAUCCCUGAAACGUUUCCCCUGCAGGGACACUCACACAGAGGGAAUAACUACAUUAAAUGGAAUCUGUACUGUCUCUUUAAUAUAAAAUCUCUGGAAAUAAGAUUCCAGUACAACAACUCACACUCUACUAAGCCUUUUAUUGCUUUUCAUUCACACUAUCAAAGCUUCAGCACUUGUAACAAGCUGGCUGGGUAUGUUGAGGCCAGGGUUGGGGUCAAUACCAUUUCAAUUCAAGAUGAAGAGGCAGAAAGAAAGACUGAACAUUUGUGUCUUUUUCAGUUUGCUCGUCUAUUUGUGCACCUUGGUUGAAAAGCAAGGUAGUAAAACUACUACUAACGUAUUUAUUUACAAAGCGAUGAUGAAUCAGUGUGCAAACUGUUAGCCGGUUGUGUUUAGGACUGGAGCAGAGCAGAGGAAGUAGAGGCUUGAUCCAUAUAUCCACACACACACACAAGCCUCCCUUCGCACCUAGCAUUUCACACACACACACACACACACACACACACACACACACACACACACACACACACACACACACACACACUGUAUAAAUGGUGGUAUGGUUAUGUUCUAAUACAUCAGUGUCCUCCUCCAGAUUUGCUCUAUUUCACACGCAUGUUUUAUGCUCCAUUGCCCAGGCGAGCCGGCCAUCGUAAGGAUGCAUUAUUCAACACAGCAUAUUACUGGGGCUGAAAGUCUUACAGCGAUGUGUGUGCCCUGUGUCAGCAUUCAGUAGAACCAACACAUCAUCUGCAGUGCCUGUUUUGUUCUGUUCCGGUCGCUCCAACAGGGUCCUCUUUGGCGAUGACCAGGAGCGGCAAGGGGUGGAAUGUUAGCUAAUGAGACUGGUACUCAGGCUAGCAACACUCCACCACAUGAUUAAUAUUCACACUGAGGUUCUGAAGUGCUGAACCUUCCUGCUCUCUCUUUAAUCUGGAAUGAAUGAAUGGCCAGGAGCCUCUAAGUACAGAGGGAGGCUAGGGUGCGUCCCAAAUGGACCUUAGUCCCUUUAUAUUGCUCUACUUUUGACCAGGGCCCCAUAGGGAAGAAGUGCAAUGUGAAGGGAAUAGGGUGCCAUUUGGGACACACAAUUGAGAUGGUUGCCGCUCAGCUCUCCUCAACUCUUUGAGGCAUGUUUUUAUGUAAUUGGCUCUGUGAGGAGGAUACCUGAGAGGCAGACCUGGGGUUGUGAGAAAGGCUCAUUUUACCAUUUUAUAUUAUAUAGAUACCCUUCUUCCUGCUUCUCUUUCUUCCUACUUUGGACUAAAGUUUUAAUUUCCCAAGGUGCACGCCGGUAGUUUACUUUACUGUCCAUAAAUCCUCUUAACCCACCAAGUCCUGGGCUCAGAGAAUGGAGAUGGAAGUGUGUGUGUUGUUCGGGGCUUAGGCUCAGCCAAGUCCUCUAGUGGGACAGUUUAAUGCAUUUAGAGAUUGAAAAUGUAGAAAUGGAAAUGGAAGACGGUAGUGUGUUUGGUAACAGAGCUGUUUCCCACCUGUCUCCAUCUCAGAAUCCCUCCUCCACUGCCAAAUGACACUGCUACUGGAAGUCUAUGGGAACAGCUAGUAUGUCAUUGCACGAACGUUGCCAACACUGCUGAAAAAAACCCUAGGGGAAACACUGCACAUGCUUUGCUUAAUCAUCUCCUAAGUCUUCUAAUAGUAAUAUAAUAUAAUCCGGUCAUCAUUACAGUAUGCACUUGGUUGCCUUGUUUUGUCAACUGGCCUGACGCUGAACCCUGAAACAGAUCCUUUACAUCCUCCUGAGCAGCUCUCACCAACAACACUUUUAACUGGUUUUUAGUUGCCUCAAGUCAAAUGUUACUGCAUGGCUAAUGGAAUACGAAAUUAAAUGUACAAAUUUGCUGAGAGCCAACAGCUCAAUCUAUAUAUUUUUUUGUUUAUUUGCGGUUUAUUGGCUUUCAUAAAGUAAUUAACUAUGAACUUGUCUGUCUGUGCGUGAGGCACAUUGAGGUAAUUAUUUUUAUCAAACAGGAUGGUUUUAAUUGCAAUUGAAAUACUCUGGCAUAUUGAAAAUAUAACUAUAGACUUAACAAUCCAUAUUUAACGUUUCACAUUAUUUCCACAUCCCUGAAUUCUAUUCUAAUCUAUUACUCACAUACCCACAUAAUUAUAAUGAUAUAUUUGUAAGGUAUUUUCUGACUUUAAUGAACAGAUAGAGGAUGACAGUGGAGAAAGAUAGAGAUUAUGUCAAAGGGCAGUAGGCCGGAUUCAAACCUACUAUAUGCUGACACCAUAGACAUGAGUGCCGGAGGCUGUAGCUAGAUCAACCUAGGCCACACAUACCCACAUAAUUGAACUCAUAUUUGUCUGUGUGUUGCAUGUACAUUUGUUGCUCAGACAUGUAAUGCAUCAGUUUCUCCUGGUCUGAGAUUCACUGUAAUGUAUUCUUUUAACUCCUCAGAGUUCCAGUGGGUCCAGGGAGAUGUGUGUGAGGUCCAGUUGAUGGUCUACAACCCCAUGCCCUUUGAACUCCGCGUGGAGCACAUG